GGCUCGCAAUAAUCAACCAACAGAACAAUGUUUUCUUCUGCGCUAUUUCUUGUGUUUCUUGGUAAUGCGUUUGCCACGAUGACAAACGAAAUGGAAAACAGAUUCAAGGAAAUGGAUCGUUCGUUCACCAAACGGUUUGAGGAGCAGCAGUUGGAGAUCGAUCUUUUGAAAAGGCGUACGGCCGAGCAAGAGAAUGAAAUUAAAGUGCUACGGGAGGUUGUGAAGAGUUCGGAGAAGGACAAACUACAAAAGAGACAGAAUCCGUUCGAUUAUGAGGUUGCAUUCUUUGCAAAGGUCGGGACUAAUUUGGAGCACCUUGGUCAAGGUCAGACUAUCGUGUUCGGUGAUGUUGUUACCGACAUCGACAGCACCAUGUCACUUGGAGCAUACAACAACAGUUCUGGAAUGUUCACGGCGCCAAUUGCUGGCCUUUAUGUUUUCUCAACAACAAUGCACAGCCUCAAUAGCCAGACGACACAUUUCGCGAUAUUCCGUAACUCCGACAAAAUCACAACCAUCUAUGUCCACGGUGACGUCACUUCCGAUUCCACGGCACAAACUGUCGUUCUAGCAUUGAAACGAGGGGAGACAAUUUCGGUUCGUCACAUUGAGAGCGACCAUGGUGCUUACGGUGGUGGACACUCGCUGUUUUCCGGCUUUUUACUCAGAGCUCACGUUGGAGAAGAGGAAAUUGUUGGCUAAAUAAUAUGUGGUGGAAAUGUAUGUGGACUCGGUCAGGGCCAAUUAUCAGUAUCAUCUUGGCCCAAAUAUCACGAAACUACUUAGGUCAAAUCUCAAUCGAAAUCUCAACUAAUUUUACCAUAUAACAUUAUAAUUUCCUUUUAAAUUUGUAUGUGUUUUUCACACUUUUUAAAUGCGCAUUCACUUAUACAAUAAUUUGAUUAACAGCUUUGGUCAAUAUUCCAAACAAAAAAUAUACUAUAGCCCAAAAGCUAUGAGAAAAUACGCUACAUCAUACAGAAAUUUGAAAUAAACCAUGCUUUUAUGUGGUUAAAUAAGUUGAGAUU